CCCGCGCGCGGCAGCUCAGGAAGUGGUUGGAGGAGGCGGCCUUGCCCCGCCCUCCCCGCUAUCACCUGCUGCCCCGGCGCGGGCGGGGACAGAGGCGCGGGCGGGAGGGCAGAGCGCAGGCCGGGUCACGGGUGACGCCGCGAGGAUGGCGCGGGCCCAGGCGCCGCCGCCGCCGCUGCUUGUGCUCUCUGCGUUGCUGGCGCUGCCCGCUCUGGGUCCUGCCGCGGCCGCCAAGCUCAACAUCCCCAAAGUGCUGCUGCCCUUCACGCGGGCCACGCGCGUCAACUUCACCCUGGAGGCCUCGGAAGGCUGCUACCGCUGGUUGUCUACCCGGCCGGAAGUGGCUAGCAUAGAGCCCCUGGGCCCUGAUGAACGCCAGUGCUCCCAGAAAGCUGUGGUGCAGGCCCGGCUCACACAGCCUGCCCGGCUCACCAGCAUCAUCUUCGCCGAGGACAUCACCACAGGCCAGGUGCUGCGCUGCGAUGCCAUUGUUGACCUCAUCCACGGCAUUCAGAUUGUGUCCACUACCCGUGAGCUCUACCUUGAAGAUUCCCCUCUGGAGCUGAAGAUCCAGGCCCUGGACUCGGAAGGGAACACCUUCAGCACCCUGGCGGGACUGGUGUUUGACUGGACCAUUGUGAAGGACACAGAGGCGGAUGGAUUCUCAGACUCCCACAAUGCACUGCGAAUCCUCACCUUCCUGGAAUCUACAUACAUCCCUCCUUCUUACAUCUCAGAAAUGGAGAAGGCAGCCAAGCAGGGGGACACUGUUCUGGUGUCUGGGAUGAAGACUGGGAGCUCCAAGCUCAAGGCUCGCAUCCAAGAGGCCGUCUACAAGAGUGUACGCCCUGCCGAGGUCAGGCUGCUGAUUCUGGAAAACAUCCUCCUGAACCCAGCGCAUGACGUCUACCUGCUCGUGGGGACCUCCAUUUGCUACAAAGUGCAGAAGGUCAGGCAGGGAAAGAUUACAGAACUCUCGAUGCCUUCUGAUCAAUAUGAGUUGCAGCUUCAGAACAACAUCCCAGGGCCCCAGGGAGACCCUGCCCAGGCUGUGGCUGUGCUGGCCCAGGACACAUCGAAGGUGACCGCCUUGCAGCUGGGACAGAGCAACCUCGUCCUCGGCCAUCGGAGUAUCCGCAUGCAGGGUGCCUCUAGAUUGCCCAACAGCACUAUUUAUGUGGUUGAGCCCGGGUACCUAGGAUUCACAGUCCAGCCUGGUGACAGGUGGGUGCUUGAGACUGGCCGCCUGUAUAUCAUCACCGUCGAAGUAUUUGACAAGUCCAGCAACAAGGUCCACCUGUCUGAUAACAUCCGGAUUGAGACUGAGAUUCCUGCUGAGUUCUUUGAGGUUCUCUCAUCUUCCCAGAAUGGGUCACACCAUUAUGUGAGGGCAAUUCAGAGGGGUCAGACGACUAUCAGUGCAGCCCUCACCUCUGUGGUGGACCAGGAUGGCGGGGUUCAUGUGCUACAUGUGCCAGUUUGGAACCAGCAGGAGGUGGACAUUCACAUCCCCAUCACCCUCUACCCCAACAUCUUGACAUUUCCUUGGCAACCGAAGACGGGCGCCUAUCAGUACACAAUAAAGGCCGAUGGGGGCAGUGGGAACUUCAGCUGGUCGUCCUCAAGCUCCAUGGUGGCCACAGUUACUGUCAAGGGUGUGAUGACCACAGGCAGUGACAUCGGACUCAGUGUGAUCCAGGCACAUGACGUCCAGAACCCACUACAUUUCGGUGAGAUGAAGGUAUACGUGAUUGAGCCCAGCAGCAUGGAGUUCACCCCAUGCCAGGUGGAGGUGCGAGUGGGCCAGACCCUGGAGCUGCCUCUGAGGAUCAAUGGCCUCAUGCCCGGCGGAACAAAUGAGGUGGUCACCCUGAGCGACUGCUCCCACUUUGACUUGGCAGUGGAGGUGCAGAACCAGGGCAUGUUCCAGCCACUCCCAGGGCGGCUGCCACCAGGGUCUGACCACUGUAGUGGUGUCAAAGUAAGGGCCGAGGCCCAGGGAUCUACCACACUCCUCGUGAGCUACACACAUGGCCACAUCCACCUGAGUGCCAGAAUCACGAUCGCUGCCUACUUGCCCCUCAAGGCUGUGGAUCCCUCCCCUGUUGCCGUGGUAACCCUGGGCUCCUCAAAAGAGAUGCUGUUGGAAGGAGGCCCCAGGCCCUGGGUCCUGGAGCCCUCCAAGUUUUUCCGAAACAUCACCUCUGAGGACAUGGACAGCAUCAGCAUGGUUCUCUUGGGUCCCCCUGCCUCCCGCAAUUACCAACAGCAUCGGAUCCUUGUGACCUGUCAGGCCUUUGGUGAGCAGGUUAUCGCCCUCUCGGUGGGGAACAAGCCCAGCAUCACCAACCCCUUUCCUGCGGUGGAGCCCACUGUGGUGAAGUUCAUCUGUGCCCCACCAUCCAGACUCACCCUCACGCCCAUCUACACCAGCCCCCAGCUGGACCUGUCCUGUCCCUUGCUGCAGCAGAACAAGCAGGUGGUUCCAGUCUCCAGCCACCGCAACCCUUUGCUGGACCUGGCUGCCUAUGACCAUCAGGGCCGCCAGUUUGACAAUUUCAGCUCUCUGAGUAUCCAGUGGGAGUCUGCCCGGCCGUCACUGGCCAGCAUCGAGCAGGACCUGCCACUGCAGCUGGUGUUCCAGGAUGAUGGAAGUGGUCAGAAGAAGUUACAUGGUUUGCAAGCCAUUUCGGUACACAAGACAUCGGGAGUAACUGCCAUCUCUGCAACGGCAACCGGCUACCAGCAGUCCCACCUCAUCGCAGCCAGAGCAGAGCAACCGCGUGAUCCUUUCCUGCCUGUGUCAGCCUCUAUCGACCUCAUUCUGGUGGAGGAUGUGGGGGUGAUCCCAGAGGAAGUGACCAUCUACAACCAUCCUAGCAUCCAGGCAGAACUCCACGUGAAAGAAGGCUCUGGCUACUUCUUCCUCAACACCAGCGCCACAGAUGUCGUGCGCGUGGCCUACCAGGAGGCCAGGGGCAUCACCACAGUGCAUCCUUUGCUCCCAGGCUCUGCAACCAUCAUGAUCCACGACUUGUGCCUGGCCUUCUCCUCCCCUGCAAAGGCUGUCGUUCAUGUCUCAGACAUUCAGGAGCUGUACGUCCACGUGGUUGACAAGGUGGAGAUUGGGAAGACAGUCAAGGCCCACGUCCGCGUGCUAGACUCUUACAAGAAACCUUUUCUGGCUAAGUACUUUGCCUUCAUGGACUUGAAACUCCGGGCAGCAUCCCAGAUUGUCACACUAGUGGCCCUGGAGGAAGCCCUAGACAAUGACACAGCUGCAUUCCUUGUGCAUGGCGUGGCCAUUGGCCAGACCAGUCUGACUGCCUCUGUGACCGAUAAAGCUGGGCAGAAGAUCACCUCAGCCCCACAACAGAUUGAGGUCUUCCCCCCGUUUAGGCUGAUGCCCAGGAAGGUGACGCUGAUUAUCGGAGCUGUGAUACAGAUUACCUCGGAGGGCGGCCCGCAGCCCCAGUCCAACAUUCUCUUCUCCAUCAGCAAUGAGAGCAUCGCAGCCGUGGGUGGCACUGGGCUGGUGCAAGGCCUCUCUGUGGGCAACGGCACUGUGUUAGGAGUUGUGCAGGCAGUGGACUCGGAGACCGGCAAGGUCAUCGUCAUCUCCCAGGACCUUGUGGAGGUGGAGGUGCUGCAGCUCCAGGCAGUGAGGAUCCGGGCCCCCAUCACACGCAUGAGGACAGGCACUCAGAUGCCUGUCUAUGUCACUGGGAUCACCAACAGCCAGAGCCCAUUCUCUUUUGGAAAUGCUGUGCCUGGCCUGACCUUCCACUGGUCUGUUACCAAGCGAGACAUCCUGGACCUCCGAGGGCGCUACCAUGAGGCCUCUAUCAGGCUCCAGUCCCAGUACAACUUUGCCAUGGCCGUGCAUGGCCGGGUGAAAGGCCGGACCGGGCUUCGAGUGGUGGUCAGGGCUCAGGAGCCCAGAGCUGGACAGCUGCAUGGCCUUGCAAGAGAGCUGUCGGAUGAGAUCCAAAUCCAGGUGUUUGAAAAGCUGCGACUGCUGAACCCUGAAAUAGAAGCAGAACAAAUAUUAAUGUCUCCCAACUCAUUUAUAAAGCUCCAGACAAACAGGGACGGUGCAGCUACGCUCAGCUACCUCGUCCUUGACGGGCUUGAGGGAGUCCCCGUAGUACACAUUGACGAGCGGGGCUUCCUGGUAUCCGGCUCUGUGGUUGGGACGUCCACUAUUGAAGUUACCGCCCAGGAGCCUUUUGGGGCCAACCAGACCAUCACCGUUGCUGUGAAGGUGUCUCCUGUUUCUUACCUGAGAGUCUCCAUGAGCCCUGUCCUGCACACCCACAACAAGGAGGUCCUGAUGGCCUUACCAGUGGGGAUGACCGUGACCUUCACUGCCCACUUCCAUGACAACUUCGGAGACAUUUUCCAUGCUCAAAAUUCCAUCCUCAACUUUGCCACUAACAGAGAUGACUUUGUGCAGAUUGGCAAGGGCACCACCAAUAACACCUGCAUCGUCCGCACAGUCAGCACAGGCCUGACACUGCUUCGUGUGUGGGACACUGAGCACCCGGGCCUCUCCGACUACGUCCCACUGCCUGUCCUGCAGGCCAUCUCCCCAGAGCUGUCUGCCACGGUGGUGGUAGGAGAUGUCCUCUGCCUGGCCACUGUUCUCAUUGGCCUGGAAGGCAUCUCUGGAACCUGGAGCUCCUCAGCCAGCAACAUCCUCCAUGUGGACUCCAAGACAGGUGUGGCUGUGGCCCAGGACGUUGGACCUGUGACAGUCUACUACGAGGUCUCAGGGCACCUGAGGACCUACAAAGAGAUCAUGGUCAGUGUCCCACAGAGGAUUGUGGCCCAUCGCAUCCACUCUGCCCAGACCACUUUUCAAGAUGCCACAGCCUCCCGAGUGACUGUUACCGUGGGAGACAGAAGUUCAAACCUAAGAGUUUCUAUGAAAAGUCAUGGCAUCUGUGAAAAUCCAUGGAAGGAAUAUGGGUGCAGAUGCCAUCUGCGGCCCUGCCAGCCCUCAGGGGGCCCUCCUCACCACCCCCCCUCCUCAGGUGAGUGCUCCGUCGUGCAGAGGGAAGUCAUUGAGACCUUGCACCCCGAAUCGAUUAUCGGCUGCCAGUUCCGGUUCAAGCACGACAUCUUCAGUUUCCCGGCAGGGGACAUCUUCGCCGUGGAACCAGGGUUUGAUACUGUUCUAGGCCAGUACUUCUGCUCAGUCACCAUGCUCAGACUGACAGACAUGCAGCUCAAGCACCUGAGCACCAAGACGACGACACUGGUGGUCACCGCCUCCCUUCCUGGCAGCCACUUCUCCCUGGAGCAGGUGGGGGCAGAAGUGCCCUUCAGCCCCGGGCUCUACGCUGACCAGACUGAAAUCCUUUUGAGCAAUCACUACACCAGCUCCGAGGUUAAGGUCUUCGGUGCUGCGGAGACCCUGGAGAGCUUGGAGGUGAAGUCUGGAUCCCCAGCUGUGCUGGCCUUCGCAAAGGAGAAAUCUCUGGGACUGCCCAGCUUCAUCACAUUCAUAGUUGGCAUUUCGGACCCUGCGGCCGGCAGCCAAGGACCUCUGUCCACAGCCCUGACCUUCUCCAGCUCUGCCACUAACCAGGCCCUCACCAUUCCCGUCACCGUGGCCUUUGUGAUGGACCGCCGUGGGCCUGGUCCCUAUGGCAGCAGCCUCUUUCAGCACUUCCUGGAUUCCUACCAAGUCAUGUUCUUCACGCUCUUCGCCCUGCUGGCUGGGACUGCAGUCAUGAUCAUAGCCUACCACACAGUCUCCACGCCCCGGGGGCUCGCCACACCUCAGGCCCUCAACUCCCAAGCCAGCCCAAAGCCCAGCCCUCAGCCCAGCCCACAGCACAGCCCGCACUAUUUUGCUGCCUCAUCACCGACCCCUUUCAACGAACUGCUUCCUGCUCGCAAAGCCAGUCCUCCCUCAGGGCUCUGGAGCCCAGCGUAUGCCUCCCGCUAGCCAGUGUUCAGUAGGUGCUGAUGGCAGCUCCCCACAGAUGCCUUCGUGUCAGGAACGCCCCUGCCACAUUCAUGCUGGAACAAGGCCCUCAAGGCCCAUACACCUGUGCCCCAGCCACCCUCGCUGUCCCUUUGCUUUUGCAGAAUGGAGAUAGUGUUGUGCUAUUUAGCUAAUUCUCAUAUGUAGGAGUUUUAAGUUUGUUUUUUAUAAUUUCCCCUCCAGGGCUGGGUGUGGUGGCACACACUCAUAACCCUAGCACUGGGGAGACUGAGUCAAGAGGAUAGAAAAUUGAAGGCCAGGCUGGACCAUAGAGCAAGACCCUGUCUCAAACAACAACAGAAUUUCCCUUCCAAGUCUUGCAAAGCUAGGACUGGCUGGCUCAUUCCUUCAUUCCCGGCUGUCUAGGAUUUCUGGACAUUGUCCCAAUUGUUUUUUUAUUUUCUUAGCAUUGCUAUAAACCACUCCCUCCUAAAUACUUGGAGCAGCUAAAACUCAAAUUAGAAGGAAUCUGAAGAUGAUGUUCCUGUAGUGGUCUCAGGGAAAGGAUUUUCUAGUUGCUUUGGGGUUUGGGGUGCGCGUAUGUGCGCAUGUGCAUGGGUGUGUGUAUGUGGUGCUGGGGAUGGAACCCAGGGCCUUGGACAUUCUGGGCAAGUGCUCUCCCACGGAGCUACUCUCAAACCUUGUUGUGGGUUUCCCCCUGUGAAAACUUCUCCUCAUCUGGCUGCUGCUGGGAGAUGUGGGAGCCAAUGGAUGUGACUCCCUGGGCCUGCCCGCUUUAGCAUGAGGAUCACAGCACCUGGAGCCCCUGGAGAACUCAGCCCUCCUGACUACUGUGAAAAGCCUCCUGUCCUCUGGCCCUGUGCUUCAGAACCUGUUCAAACAGCUGGUGGAUGUGGCUUCAUCCCUACUGAGCCACCCCCAGUGGGGAUCCAUCUACUCUGACCUCAGCUUUUCUGCAGCAUGGGGACAUCCUCUGGCUGGUAGCAGGGACCUCCCACCAAUUUGUUCUGUGAAACAAUACGUUCUGCCUCAGUACAAAGACCCAGAGUCACCCGUCCCUGGAUAGGUGGGACGCUGCAGUACCUCAGCAGAUGUGAGCCUUUGCCGCCCAGCUGCGGAAGGAGAUGUCCUCUCCCUGAUCAGCCCAGGCCCCAGGCAGCUUCCCAGCAGGCCGUGGAGCAGCCUGCCCUCCAGGAAGGACACCCCAAGGAGGUGACAGAGCCCUCCUCUACCCAGCUUCUGUCAGCUCUGAGGAGUACAGACCUCCUUCUCUGAGCCAGAAAGCCAUGCUGCCCCCAGGAGACCUGGAGGCUGCACAGAGCUCGCCACAUGGACCACUGUGAUACUGACUCCACAGGGCCCGUGUGCCUCUCAAAGUCAAAUGUGAACCACCUCCACCUCCGGCCAGGCCGCAGAGAUGUCUGGAAGCUGGAGGGCAGAUGACUUGUGCCUUGCCUACUACUUGAGCUCACACUGACAACCUGGAUGUCCAUAAGAUCCUUUCUCCUUGUUUUAUUUAAUAAAGUUCUGUAUAAUUUCUUA